UAUUUCAGUCCCACUUUGCUCAAAAUCCCGAACUUUUUUCUGCGGAACACUUUGGUCGGCUUGUUUCGGAGUUAUUUGACCCAGAAAAAUUAAAUUCUUCCCAUGAGGUUGACUGGAUUGUCCUUCUUCUUAAGCAAAGCAAAUUUAUUAUCAGGAGUGACGAAUGCAACCUCCACAUGCUUAAUUUUAACACGCGAGUCAGAGAGCUUCCCCCGCAUGGGAAGCUGUCCAAUAAGAGCCCAAUAGAAAGCGAGGGGUUCGGCGACUAUUCCGUCGCUGAUGGCGGGCAGGAGGAGUAUGGGCGGUCCGCUAUUCUUCCGCUUCUGUGGGCUCUUAAUGAGGCUUCUCGCUAUUGCAUCAUUAAUAAACUGCGCACGCCAUAUGGCGGGCCCAGCGCCACGCUUGCUUACCUCAGUGCUAAGCUCCAUAAAAUAUUGACGGAGUUUUCUACACAGCCAAUUAAAGUCACUGAGGACUAUAGUUACGCCUUUGCCAAACCCGUCACAGAGACUGCUCUUCACCGGGUUGAGCUAGUUCUUCAUUUCAUGGAUCUACUUGAAAAGCAUAUUGUUGGCAUGUGUAACGGCCUUUGUUGUUUUCCUUCUACGAGGGCCGUCGCCUCAUUCUUUCACGGGAAUUCCAAGGUCUGUCGUGAGUGGUUUUCCCGUAUACGUGUCCCGCUGGUCGGCCUUUCUUUUUUGACUCGGCAGUUCCACCGCUCAUUAAGAAUUGGGCUUGAGUUUCUCAAAGACAUGACCCACGCGCUUAUCGUAUCACAAAAAAAUCUUCACGUGUCUCCACCAUUACCCAUAGACUUGAACGAGAAUAUGCCAGAGCAGAUUUCAGGGGAUGUUGGCGUUAGUAAACACCGUGAACUUUUUGUACCCUUUUUUUGGUCUCUGCUAUUGACUGUCUACUCUGCCAUAGAAGUUAAAGGCUCUGAUGUUUUUUCUUCCGUAGAAGAUAAUCUACUUACAUGCAUUAAAAGCUUUAUUCCUACUCUUCCCGAGCCCGCAGCAGACUUUUUUCCUCUUAUAAAAGACUUCUUAAAAGCUUGUUCGUGGGAAUUGCAAGAACGCUACGAGCAAUGUUUGCUGGAAUAUUUUUCGCUUAAGCAAACCGUUAUUGCAAUUUUGGGGCACUCUUGCCCGUUGCCUGUCACAUUGCUUCCGGGCUCUGGCAGCCUUGACAACCCUCAUCCGUCCUCACAGGAAAGCCCGCCCCUGACCUCCACCUUGUUACUAUACCCUACAUUUCUUAAAAAUUGCCCGGCACUUUUGAAGGGAACGCAAGCCUCUCCGUCAAAUUCGGCUGUGAACCUCUGUUUGCAUUUGCUGCUUGAUUUUCUUUCCGACCGAAUCGAGCGAUGCUCUGUCCUGGUGGGCAUGGGCUCCUCUGUGGUUGGUCAGCCCUUAAUGCCAGCUGCCCAGUUAGAACUCUUUGACGUCAAUGAAGCACUCCGAAAAUUUGAGAGUUCCUGGGCUCUUGCUAGUGAAGACUCGCUCACUUUUGGCGCACACUUAGGCGUCCCUUCCCCCACGGAUGUGAUUUGGUACUUUACCAGUGAUAAAGACCGGAGCGUUGCUGUCUUCAACAAACUGUUCGACUCUUCUGUUUCUACACUUCUUUAUUUUGUUUGUUCUCAGGAUAUUAGCAAAAACUAUGAAACCGCACUUUCUAUAGUGUCCGCUUAUAUUUCAUUGCAGUCCUCUCUGAUUGUGAGUAAAAAAGACACCAACCUUCACGUGCUGUUUGAGAAUACAACCGCUGAAGACUUACAAAAAUUAUUUCUCUGCCUCGGCAGAAAUACAAAGUCAUACAGAAGCACGCACUCCUUAAGCGCUCUCGUUGGCCUACUGCGAUUGGUUCGUCAGCUCUGCAAGGCAACCAUUGAAGAGGAAGCACGCAAAGAAUAUGAACACCUGCAUUUCGAUACACUUUUCUGUUUGUUGAAGAAGGCAAAGGAUACUAAAAACUACCUCCUGACUGAUCACCUCUACUCCGCAGCCAGCUCUUUUCCGGUGCCCGACCUCUCUGCACAUGAGCAACUGGAAUACUUCAGAAUAAAAUUUUGCAAUGAAAAACGUGGCGUCCGUGGCGCUGAAGCCUUCGUGCUCGACAAUUUGAACCCGCCAACCCCGGACAGCGCCCUUCGGGUUUUCUUGCAGGCUCUUGGUGUCGACGAUGAUACUCGUGCUUUUUCCGACUCGCUGAAAGCAAUGCUGCUUGUCCAUUUAUAUAAGUGGAGACGCUCUACUGACUCUCCCAGCCCCCUUGACGGCCUCUUACUGGACAUGAGCCGAUCGUUGGAUGCCCAUAAUAGCAAAGCUCUCUACUAUUAUGCGAAUUGGUGUUUUCAAAGAGGGUUGGCUCAUUUUCAUCAGCUACGCUCGCCGGAUACUAAAGAAGAGCACUCACUUCUUGAUUGUGAAUUCGACGAGCUUAAAGACAUCUGCCGCUCACUUUCUGAUGAUACUUCUAUCACGAUCAGACACGUGAUAUGCAGUAACCAAUGGUUAAGAGAUGCUAAACAUGCAAAGUUUUUUAGAUACGGCUUUUAUGGCCACGAGGCCGUUACCAACACGGUGAAGCCCCUUCUUAGUAGUGAAGGGCAGGCAGCCGUCUUGCCUGCCUUGCAGAAUUUUUGGCUCAAAGUUCAGCGGCGUGCAUGUGGCCUCCUUUGCAGCGCUGCCGAGCAUUACUCAUUGUUUCUUCAGAAAUUCUACUUUAAAAAGCCACAUUCGGGCAUGCAAUCUGCUCUGCGCCUCGUGACGCUCGCGGUCAUGUUGGGGCCCAUUAUCAAGCCACUUCUGCUUGAUUGGCUUCAAGUUGUCCCUCCAGCCUGUUGGGAAAAGAUUAUCCCGCAGUUAAUGGCCACGGUGGUGACUCCGGACGACGCCGCUGGUGAUAUUAUUGAGACUGUGCUGGUGCAAUGCGGACGGGCAUUCCCGCGGGCUCUUAUUUUUCCUGUGCUUACCCUUUACAAAACGGCAGGCCAAUCAUGUAAGCCCAUCUUUCUUUUUAUUGGAUAUCUGCUUAGCCGGCUCAAAUUAGACAAAGGUAACGACCUUGCACGUGUGCAACGCUUGUUUGAGACAAUUAAGAGCCGCUCGCCCGCCACUGUUUCCGACACCCAACUUCUUAUCUCAGAAUUGAAUCGGAUCUCUCCUUUCUGGGAGGACAUAUGGAUCGAUAAGAUUGCCCAUUGGUCCCCGGACGCCGUACAGCGGCUUCUUCGCGUUCAAGAAAUAUCUAAACGGUGCCAGCAAAACGACUCGCUGGCUGCUGAGCAGCAAAUAGCCCUUAUUAGCGACCAGUAUAGUGCUAUAAUCACACCACUUUGCAACGAAUUGGGUUUCUUCAUUCUGGCGUUAAUUUUUAUGGAAUUCUUUACUUUAUUAUGA